AUGGCGACAGAGGUUCUCAGCUUCAGGGACGAUAGUAGUCAAGAGGAUUGGCAUGACUUUGAGGUUCUAGGCCGUGGAGACGAGCCCAAGAUUCUGAUCAAGAAGACGAGUAUGCAAUCCGAUUCCGAGAGACAAAUCUCGGUUGAUCCAAAAUCGCUAUUGUCAAGAUCUAACGAGAGCUUCGACAUGAUAAUCUCACGUCCGAGAGACAUCGACGACGACGACGUCGCAUUCUCGUCUCAGCCGUUGGAUCAUCAAAUGAAGACGAAGUUUAUGAGCUGCAGCCUCCCAAACUCAGCAGCCACGUCACCUAGACACAGUCACAACUGGAAGAACAGAACCACUGAGCAAGUUCUUGACCUAAUGCUUGUUCAAGACGCGGCCGCUGCGUUUCAAAGAAGCAAAUCUUGCGGCGAAGGACGUGCUUUCACGCCGUCGCUCGAUUUCGACAUGCUAUUGCACAAAUCGAAAAAUGAACAACAUCAUCAUCAACAUCAUCAUAAUCAUCAUCAUGGCUUAUCUUCCUCAAACUCCAAGAGCUUCUCUCACAAGAGUAGUGGAAACAACUCUUUCUUCUCAAAAACAGAGUCCAACAAAAGCAACAGAAGCAACAUCAAUACGGCGAAUUCGAAAGGCAUCAGUUCAUUCGAAGACGGAUUCAAAUGCAGCGCCUUGUGUCUCUACUUACCUGGUUUCAGCAAAGGAAAACCCGUGAGAUCAUCUCGAAAAGGCGACUCCUCGUUUACUAGAACCACCACGAUGACUUCUACUCAAUCUAUGGCAAGAACCGCUUCCAUUAGAGACACUACGGUGCUCUCGGCUCGAGCCUCGCUAGAGCGGUUCGAGUGCGGUUCAUGGACCUCUUCGGCUAUGAUUUACGACGACAAUGCGGAUCUUGGUGGCCAUUUCUUCGACUUACCUUCCGAAUUGAUCAAAGGCGGUCCCGGCGGAAACGAUCAAGACGAUCCUGUUUCAGCGGCUUUCGUGUUUGACAAGGAACCUAAUUUGGAGAAAGAAAUCAAAGGGGUUUUGAAGACUUCUGGUUCGAAAUCUAGAAGAUCCAUGGAGUCGCCACGUCACGUUCGGUUCUCAACUUCGUCGCCGGUUUCUUAUCCAACGUCGCCGACACAUUCAAUCACGCCACGGUUGCUACAAGCCACCGAGGAUUUCAGUAGUUUCUUGGAAGCUCAAGCCGUGUGA